CAAUCAACCGGCAUAAUGUCGCGCGAAGAAAUUUCGAUGCACAUUCUGAGAAAAUUCGUACUCGACUGCUUUUGUAUAUCAGCACUGGUAGUUCUGAUAUACGUAACAUGGGAUGUUUGGAUUCCGUUCGAGCGAGGCUUCUUCUGCGGUGACGAGAGCUUAAUGUUUCCCUACAGGAAUGACACUGUCACCACGCCGGUGCUCAGGCUGUAUGGGCUCGCCUUGCCUAUCUUAGCUUUUCUUAUCUGCGAGUGGGUGCUCCUGCGCAAUGAAGAUGACACCCAGCGCUGUUUCAACAUCCCCCUGCCAAUGUGGUUGCGGGGCUUCUACUCUGUGCUCGCUUGCUUCGGCUUCGGGACUUGCUUCAUCGAGCUAACCACGAACAUCGCUAAGAACGUGAUCGGGCGACCACGGCCGCAUUUCUUUGAUUUGUGUCGUCCGUCGGUCAAUUGCAGUGACCCCGCCUGGCAACAUCGGUACAUAGAACGAAAUGAAUACACGUGCACUGGCAACUUUACUGAGAAGUUUAACGACAUGCACAUGUCCUUUUUGAGCGGCCACUCUGCUUGGUCGGCGUAUACCAUGGUCUAUUUAGCUCUCUACCUAGAAAAAAGGAUGGUAUGGCGAGGCACCCGCGUCAUCCGGCAUGUGCUCCAAUUUUCCGCUGUGAUGCUGAGCUGGUUCACCGCUCUGUCCAGGGUGUCGGAUUAUAAGCACCACUGGAGCGAUGUACUGGCUGGCUACUUCCUGGGACUCACCUUUGCGGUGCUGGUGUGGACCUGGGGAACAGAUAUCCUGCAGCCAAAGAAGAAACACUCUCCCGUUCCACUUCACGAAGUUUCACAUCAUCAGGUCGAUGGACCGGCGUGAAAAUAAUAUAGAAUCUUAUGCUAUACACGACUGAGGCUGGAACCUUAGUUGUUGGCUUCAUUUCUUCAUUUUGUAAGUUGACGUAGGGUGUACAAAUAAUUUGUAAAUAGUUGUAAAUAGAUUAUAUCUGAGUAAAAUAUUUGCUGUUACGUUAUAAUUACAUUUUAACAUACAAAAAUAUAUUUAUUAAUUUUUAUAGAUAUAUUUUACGAGAGUCGAUACGAUACAGAAAAAAUUUAUACCGGCCGAAUUGAGAACAGGCUCCUUUUUUUAAGUCGGUUAAUGAGGUCUUGAUGUAUCUAAGCUUGCCUCUUCCACUGGUUACACACUCUGUGUCGACGAUUUUAGAAACAAAGUUUUAAAGCCAGUGUCACAAUGCCUGUAAUGUUCUGUGUAAUCUGUUCAACAAUGACAAGUAAGAAAAUAUUCAAAGUCGAAAAGUGUUAGAUAGACUAUCAGUGACUUUAUCAGCAAGUCCUUUUUUCGUGUCACAGUCGGAAAUGGAGCUGGUGGGACGGCUGUAAGCGCUACCACCGCCCAGGAACACUUGGAGGCAUAAGGUCCAUUGCAGAUCUUACGCCUCCGGGUAGGGAUUGAGA